AUGGCGACUAAAACGGAUUUCUCAACUCCUGAUAUUCCCAUGUCUGAAGCUACCUUCUCCAUCUCGGCAUGCACACAGAUCAAUGCCCCGGCGAGCCUUGUUUUCCGCACGCUCCGCAAUACCGAGACUUGGAAAGACUGGAAUCGUUGGAUCCCGCGAGUGACGAUAACAUUCCAACCUGACGACGAGGACGAUGCUACCUUGGCCGAGAUAGAAGAACUAGUCCGCAAUACAUCCAUUGCCGUGAGUUUCGACUCGGACAUUACGGACGGAGCCAUCAUGCCUGAUAACCCGGCACCGAGGAGAGGGAGUAUGGCCCGUGGUGUCAUUGGCGCUGAAACAGGAGGGGCCAGCCUCGCGCCACCGGGCUCUGGCCAUCAUUCCCGUCCGGUUAGUCCGGAAGGCUUACCUGUCACGCGGCAACGAUUAGCCAGCAACGCCAGCAGAAUGUCCGAUAAGUCCCACACCGAGACAGCUCGCUCCAAUUCGACAAAUGGAGUCUCAGCGGCGCCAAAUUACCAAGCUGCUCAAGAAGCCCGCAAGGUCUCUGUUGCGUCGGGCCGAGAGCCGCCUCCGACGAAGAACGCCGUGAUGCUUGAGUCGCCGGACCACCCGUCUGUUCUGAUGCCGGCGCCGGCAAACACAGCAUCUACUGCGUUAGCGGUUUCCAACAAAGCAACUCGGCGGAAAAGCGGCGCGAGCCACUCCCACCGACGGCAACUGCACAUCAACGCACUGUACGGCGAGCCGAGCGUGCGAAUCCAAGUCGGGACGAGAAUGACAUUCCACGUGAAAAUGAAGCUGCCCACGAGCCAGGAGACACGAGACUUGAACGUCGUGGUGACCGAAGUCUCACGACCAGAUGACCCGCUGGAGGAGCAAGGACCGGGCAAACUGGCGAGAACUCAGACUCAUACCCUAUCCAAGUCCGGAGUGUACCGACUUGUCUGGGCGAUGGCGAACGGCUACAACCCGCCCAAGUCUUUCCCGAAAUUCUUGCUGCAGGCCCAACGAGUGCACGAGAUCCGGCCUAUCGUCACAGGCGAUGGCAGGGAAAUGUGCGAGUACUGGGACUGGGAAACGCAACGGGGCCUGCUGGCGAAGAAAGUCAAGAAAGAUUACGCUCAGUACAUGGAGGAGAGGAUGAUUGAGUGGGGAAGGCGUCUGGGAGAGUUUUGCGAAAGUAUGGGUGGAGCUGUUGAGAGGAGAGAUUUCAGUGUCAGUUGA